UCUUGCGUUAGCGCAUUCACCAACCUUCAGCACUGGGGUGGCUACCCUCUCGAUGGCGACCUUGGGGUCGCCUAUCGACAAAAACUGCCCUAAGUCACUGCGUCGUGGAAAAAUUCGGAAAGUGGCUGUGCCACGACCAAGCUGUAUGCAUCGUCCCUACUCGAUGCCACUACUACUAUCGACGACAUCCGAAGCCCGCUGCUGAGACCGAGUGACUUGGAUACAGGUCUUGAAGUGGCCAGUGCCUUGGUUUGGAAAACACCAUGCAGUCCGUGCUAUUGGUGACGGCCACGCUCAUACUGCCCGUGCACCUGCUGUGUCUUCGAGUGCCCCUGUUGAUUGACGCCGCCGUUUAUCUCGGCUCCUGGACACUGACCUUGGUGGCCAGCUACUGGCUAGCGUGCUUCUUCUGGAAUAGGGUGCUGAAGAGAUCGGUGGACACGAAGGGCAAGGCUGUGCUGGUGACGGGUUGUGACACGGGCUUCGGCCAUCACGCAGCGAAGCGCUUUGCGGACGACGGCUUCACCGUGUUCGCCGGCUGCCUGGAUGCUGCUUGCGACGGCGCCAAAGAUCUCACCAAACGUCCCAACAUACGUGUCCUCCAGCUGGACAUCACCAAGGACGAACAAGUUGAGCAGGCACUCCAGGCCGUGAAGACGAACUUAGGAUCUGAUGUGCUCUGGGCGGUGCUGGCCAACGCAGGCAUAACAGCCGCGGGCCCAGUCGAGUGGAACUCCAUGGAAAGGAUCAAGCGGAUCUUCGAGGUGAACGUGUUCGGACACAUGCGGGUAGCCAAAGCGUUUCUUCCAUUGCUGAAGAAGUCCAAAGGUCGUCUAGUCAUCGUCACAAGCGGCCUUUGCCGGGUAACCAUACCAGGGAUUACCGUGUACUGCAUGAGUAAGUACGCCACGCUGUCACUGGUGGAUGGUCUUCGAAGAGAACUCGAGGAUGAAGGCGUGGAUGUUGCAGCCAUCGAACCCACAGCAUACAAGACAAACAUGCUCGAGAACGUGGGAUGCCCCAAGUUUGUGGAGGCGGACCUCAAGCUUCUGCCCGACGAGGCGAGGAGCCUCAUUCCAGAGGACAGCGUGAACCGCUGGGCCAAGUUCCUGGGAGGCAUGUUCGACGUGCUCACUCGAGACGAUCCCAUGGAAGUCGUGGACCAGAUGAGCUACGCCGUCAAGGACGUCAGGCCACGUCCCUGUUACCGGGCCAUGACCUUCCAGGACAAGUUCCUAAUUCUCUUCGUCAAGCUGUUUCCGGAUGAAGUUGUGGACGUGUUCUACACAAUAUUUCGGGUGGCUGCCCAGUUUGCUAAGUAGAACAGCGCAGUGGCCGGUAGACCUUCUGUUCUGUGUUGUUAAAGUUAUAAGAUGCCCACUGUCUUGUGAGGUAGGGUUUCACUGCAAAACGCCUGCUAGAGAACAGGCAGUUGAGCGAGUUUGUGAAGACUCAUCAUUCAAUGCAAAGCGCUAGACAUGCACAAAUAUGAGACUGGAGCAACACAAGCGCAUUGUGUCAACUGAUUUAUUAAAACAAGAACGAUCGUUAAGUACAUUGUUGCUGCAAGCACACCAGAUUGUAACUAAACACGUGGUCGGAUUGGGCCGGUCACGGGAUGCACGCCCGUACAAUCGCGUGUUUAGUUACCGCUAGUUCUGUUUGCGGUGAUGUCUGUGUGUGUGUCGAUCUAGUUUCUAGUGAACCAGUUGAGAGUUUGCACUCAAGUUGUUUCAGCGACUUCUCCGUCCUUUUGUAAAGUUGCGCAUUGAAGGAUGUAAAAUGACCCCUACGCACCAUUGUAAAUAAUUCGCUAUGGUGUUCUACUGAACUCAAGGUCGUGGGUUUCAUUUCCUGUAGCGGCGGCCACUUGCCGACGGUCGAGGAGUGCAGGAACGCGGCUUUAGUUGCGAUGAGGGUACAAGAAUCCCAAAGAGUUGCCAUUUUUAGGACAGUCUCUUCAACUCAAGAAAAUGACAGCCGCAGAUAACGCGACUGUCAUGUCUCCUGACGGCGCGAACACUACCUUAACGACUUG